ACCCCAGAAAAUUGGCACAAAAAAAAAAUGGGGAGACUUACACUUAUAGCAGGAUUGGGCUUGGUGCUCUGCCAUGUUGCCUUCUCUAUGGAAAUGGGCUGCUACUUCACCAACUGGUCUCAGUACAGACCUGGAAUUGGAAAGUAUACUCCUGCAAAUGUUGACCCUUUCCUUUGUACACACCUAAUCUAUGCUUUUUCAAUCAUCAACCAAAACAACGAGCUUGUCACCUAUGAGUGGAACGACGAUGUUCUCUACAAGGCAUUCAAUGACCUCAAGAACACAAAUCCCACUCUUAAGACUCUUCUGGCUGUUGGUGGAUGGAACUUUGGUUCAAAACAGUUCUCCAUCAUGGUGUCCACUGCUGCAAACCGUCAAACAUUCAUCAAGUCCACCAUCAAGUUCCUGAGAACUCAUGGAUUUGAUGGUCUGGACCUGGACUGGGAAUACCCUGGAGCAAGAGGAAGUCCACCUGAAGACAAACAAAGAUUCACACUCCUCUGCAAGGAACUUGUUGCAGCCUAUGCAGCUGAGGCCAAGGCUACUGGUAGACCUCAGAGUUGGGUCCGUUAUCUGAAAGACAAGAACUUUGGUGGAGCCUUCGUCUGGGCGCUUGAUCUGGAUGACUUUGCUGGACAGUUCUGUAAUCAGGGGAACCAUCCUCUCAUGGGCCAUCUGCACAAUCUUCUGGAUAUCGAAGUACCUCCGAGGCCUUCAACCACCACCCCCAAACCUGGCCAAACCACAACGCCCACCACAACCACCACCACCACUCAUGCUCCAGGACCAGGAUUCUGUAAUGGAAAGCCAGAUGGACUCUAUCCUCAUCCUGAAGACCCCAACAAAUAUUAUAACUGUGCAGGAGGCAAUACUUUCUUGGAGCAUUGUGCCACAGGCACCGUGUUUGAUGACACAUGUAAGUGCUGUGUUUGGCCCUAAGGGAUCACCUUCUAAAAACAUCUGCAAAUAGAAAGCGCUCAAAUGACACCGAACAUCAAUUGUUUCAUGUUCAUAAACUGAAAAUAUGAUGUCUAAAUGUAACACAAUUAUGUCUUCAUUCCAUCUGCAUGCAGUUUGUUAGUUUAAGUACCUCUUUUUA